CCGGCCCGAGUACACCAUUGUCCGGAUCAAUCAAUACCCGACCCGACUACCGUGGCCAAUCCAUCAAAAUAUCAAACUUAUCACCUAAAUAUCUUCUAGUUCGAUUCCAUCGAUAGUGUUUCUAAUCGGAGAUCGGCCGGCGUAUUUCCGGUUACCGGAGGUUAAUAUAACAGCUUUUAUGCACUUUAUAUGUUUGUAUAAACCUAUACAUACAAAAAUUAGGGCUGUUUGUAUGUAAAAAUGCCACCUUGGGAAGAUGAUGAUGAAGAUGAAUCGCUCGCUCGAUUCCUCGAAUCUGAGCUCUCCGAUCAGGAGCCAGAGCAGACACAAGAAGAUGAGGAAAAGGAAGGGCCAGCACAGAAGAGGCCGCGCAUGGAGGUUGAAGCUGAUGUGACUGAGGAAAGGAAAUUAACCAGUUCCCCUUCCCCAAGUCAAAUUCGAAGUCCUUCCUCUUCAAGAAUCGUCAAGUGUAAUAGUAGUGGACAUCGUGUCGAAGGUGGUAUUGAUAGAGUGAAAUCAAGUAGAAUAGAUACUGGCUCGUUUAGCAAAGUGCCUCCGGAGUUAUUCCAUCACAUCCUCAAGUUCCUCUCAUCCGAGGAUCUCGUUUCUUGCUCAAUGGUCUGCAGAUUUCUCAGCUUUGUUGCUUCUGAUGAAUCCCUCUGGCGUCACUUGUACUGCAUGCGAUGGGGUCUUCUACGACCAAAGAGUAAUUAUCGUGAUUGUGCUUGGAAGAAGCUUUACAUUCAGCGUGAUGAAGAAGAUAUGGUUGAGUUUGUUAGAAAUUGUCCAUCUGAAUUCAAAGAGUAUUACAUCCAAAUGCAGACGGCAAAGAGAAGCCAAGCACCUAUUCCUUCUCAGGAUGACCGUAUGAUUGUGGACAAGACAGUUGCUGAUCAAGUCUAUACGUGGAAGAGCAGUAAAGGUUUAAUUGGUCAGGUGGCUACUGAUCAUGCGUGUUCCGGAAAGAGUUGCUCUUACUAUCAGAUAGGUGAUGUUUUUGUAUGUGAGAAGACAGGAAAUAUUCAUGUGUGUGAUGAUAAUUGCAAAGAUGCUUCUGUCGAUCCCGCAAAUGGGCUACUAGUUUGUACAAUAUCUGGUCACUGUUUUGAUAGAUUGAUGUCACCUUCUGAUGAAAUGGAUCAAGACGCUGAUCAGCAACAAGAUGGUAUUACAGAUGAAGCUGAGCCAUUCAUGGGAUCCGGCCGUUUCGCACGAGCUUAUUUGUUGGGAUAUAACUGUGCUGACGAGAAAGAGUUAGAAGCUUGUUUGAAGUUUUGCUGAUGCGUCACGGGUUUUGACAUUCUAGAGAAAACCAAUGUUUUAACUUAAUGUUGUUUGUAAACUUCAUGUUACAUUGCUGAAUGUCUGUCUAGUAUUUCUGAGUAAUAAGCUUAUCAAGUUAUUGAAUCGUUGCCUGAAAGGGUAACACACAAUUCGUAAUCAAAUAAUUAUCAUGUUGUAACGCUCGUUUUAGUUUAAUGUUCAAGUCUAUAUUCAAAGA